AUGCCAAAUAGCCGACCAAUUGGGUUGAAAUUGGAGGGAGAGACUUUAAUUGAAAGAGCUGCUUGUCUGCAUCGGAGACUAGCAAAUGGUAAGAGAAUCCUUCUUGCACUUGAUGAGCUUUCAGUAGAGCUCGUCUUUUAUCAGAGGGUUGAUCUUGAGGCCAUAGGGAUUCCGAUUCGGGGCGAAAAUAGGGGUUGCAAAGUUGUGCUGACAUCAGAAGCGGAUUUUGUUUGCAGUCAAAUGGGAGCCCAAAAGAAAAUUCAAGUAAAACCCUUGACAAAAGAAGAAGCAUGGCAUCUUUUUAAGGAGAUGGCUGGUGAUUCUGUUGAUGCUCCUGACAUCCGAUCAAUAGCUGAGCAAGUGGUAACUGAAUGCCUAGGUUUUCUACUUGCACUCAGAGCUAUUGGAAGAGUGCUAAAAAAUAAAUCCAAUUUUGUAUGGACUGAUGCACUCAAACGAUUAAGAGUUGAUAAUCAAGAACUAGAAAUUUUGGAACAUCUAGAGACACGGAAAGAAGAAACGGCUGGUCCACAUCUUUGUUUAAGUUAUGAUAGUUUAGAAGACGAGGAAACGAAGUCGUUGUUUUUGCUAUGCUGUUUAUAUCCGGUGGAUCGUGAUAUUCAUAUUGAAGAAUUCAUGGUGACAAGGAUGAGAAUGAGAGCGUCAAAAUGCAUGAUAUAG